CAAGGAGUUUCAAAAAUGAUGAGUGGAGGAAAUCCAAGUAGUGCAAGGAGUUUCAGGUACCCUUUCACAGCAACUCAAUGGCAGGAGCUUGAGCAUCAAGCUCUCAUCUUCAAGUACAUGGUCUCUGGAGUCCCCGUCCCAACUGAUCUUGUCUACUCCUUUAAAAGAAGAUUGGAUUCCUCAAUGUCUUCCAGACUCUUUCCUCACCACCCUUUUGGGUGGGGUUGCUAUGAUAUGGGGUUUGGCAGAAAGAUAGACCCAGAGCCAGGAAGGUGCAGAAGAACAGAUGGUAAAAAAUGGAGGUGUUCAAAGGAAGCAUACCCAGAUUCCAAGUACUGUGAGAGACAUAUGCACAGAGGCAGAAACCGUUCAAGAAAGCCUGUGGAAGCUUCUUCUAGUUCUUCUAAUACAAACACUACUCUUAAUAGUAACACUAUUCCAACACCUCCAGAGUACAACCCUGCUUUAAUCCACAAAAACCUCUCCAAACCCUCCCCUCCAUUGUUCUCCUCAUCUUUCAGCAAUGAAACACCUCACACCCAACACCAAAGUUCACCUCUUUAUCCCUUCCUUUCUAGGACACAGGGUUCUGGCACCAACCCUGAGCUUUUUCUCAACUCUGGAUCUUAUGUCAAUGAAGCUGAUCAUAGAGAUUACAGGUAUCUUCAAGGAACAAAGGAAGGUGUGGAUCAUGAGCUAGCAUUCUUUCCUGCAGAGUCUUCUUCCAAUACAAGAAGCUUAAUGAGCUCCUACAAAGGCUACUCAACCCAAUCUCAGUUCCAAAGCCUCGCAGAUCAUUUUCCACAGCAACAGUCCCAGGAUGAGCAGCAUUGCUAUGUUUUGGGAACUGAUUUCAAAUCAAGCAGACCAAUCAAACCAGAGCAUAAAGACUCUGAUCAAGCUCAAAAGUCCCUCCACCAUUUCUUUGGAGACUGGCAUCCAAAGUCCACGGACACCUGGCUUGAUCUUGCACCCAAUUCCAGGCUUCACAAUGGUAAUUAGCUCUCAAGUUUAUGUCAAACUAAUUCUCUUUAAUGUCCUCUUUAAUUUGAAUUAUGGAAUCUUAAAUCGUGGUGCAGAUGGUUGAAGAAGUCUU